GGUGUAGCUGCUGGUGACCACGACGCUUUCUGCGUGGAAGCUUGGGUGAACGCGACGACGACCUGCAUUUUCCACCGUGCAACCUUCUCCCAACACUUCCUCUCCCCUUUUCAUCAUUCCACUUCACACCAUCUAUCCAGCACUUUGUCUCGGUCUCUCCUUCCAUCUUGAUCCGCAUAACACAAUUAUUGAAGGAAACCAUCACCCAUCAAUGCCUCACGCAACCAAGGAAAGGUCUAACAACAUGACCAACGGCGACAUGCAGAGCAGCAAGACGCUGUCCCAUGUUACCAGCUACCCGGUGGUCAACGACGCCAUCGAGACUUUCAAGUCAUAUCCCAUUGGCAAAAAAUCAAUCGAGAUCGCCGACGAGGCCUACCAGCGCUUUGGCAAGCCUGUUGAGCCAUACCUCGAGACCCCCUACAGCUACGCCAAGCCGUACGUCCAGAAGGCCGAUGAGCUCGCCGACUCCGGCCUCAAGCAGGUCGACACCCACUUCCCCAUUGUAACCGAGGACACCAACACCAUCAUCGACACCGCCAAAUCCUACGCAUUCUGGCCGUACAACUACGCCGUGAACACGUACAACGAUGAGUACCGCAAGACGGCCAAUCACGGCAACCGGGGUGACACCAUUACCACUUUGCUCAUGGCCACCGUCUCCUUCCAACUCCGCGUCGCCUCCGACUUCUUCCAAGCCCUCUCCGAAUACCUCGGCCCCAAGUACGAGGAAUCGAAGAAGAAGAGCGCCGACUACCUCCGCCAAGCCCAAGACACCGCCGAAGACUACGCCCACAACGCCCAAGACAAGAUGCACGAGUAUCAGCAAAUCGGGCAGCAGAAGUUUGACGACUACUCCAAGCAGGGCCAGCAAAAGGUUGACGAGUACUCCAAGCUCGGUCAGCAAAAGGCCGACGAGUACAGCAAGAAGGGCGAGGAGUACUCGAAGAUGAGCCAACAGAAGGCCGAGGAUGUGGUCAAGCAGGCGCAGCAGGGGAAGGAGAACGUCAAGGGCCAGGCGCACGAAACUAAGGAGCAGGCCAAGGGCGCUGCGAAGGAUACUAAGGAGGAGGCGAAGGCGAGGGCCGGGCAGAAGUAGGAACCUCCCAGUCCGAGCUUGAGAGCGAAGGUUAGGAGUGUAUUGCAGCCGCCUGUUGCGGGAUUCUAAACGGUCGGUACUGCUCGGUCAGUUGAAUGCGAUCGCGGAAGAAGGAAGGCGUAAUGGAAAGAUGGAGCAUGAGUAUGCAAUCUAUGCUUUGAGCGUUUGUUCGUAACUACGAGGCUUGAUACCAAUGGGUGACCUUUACGAUAGGGGCCACCAUGCGCCGAUAGAAUGGAAUGGAUGUACUUGCUAUGUUUCCGUCCCCAUCACUUGGCAGAGGCAUGAAGUAAAGUGCUAAUGAAGAACCA